GAUGUCUGCAAAACGAAUAGAGAGUGCUCCGUAGCCCACCGCACCCACCAGAAAAGCGUUACUGAGUGAUUUCUGCACACAUCGCCGAUUGCUUUACCUAGACAGUUAUUCGGGGAAUCAGCAAAUUGGCACGGACCGUUCGAUGGAAAAAGCGAGAAGAUGAUACUUUGAAGAGGGUAGACAUGGAAACCCGACGCUGAGUUUUUGAAUUGUGACCAUACGACACCAUGGCCAAACAGUACGAUGUGCUGUUUAGACUCUUGCUUCUCGGAGACUCCGGUGUUGGAAAAACCUGUUUAUUGUGCAGAUUCACGGACAAUGAAUUUCAUCCCUCUCACAUUUCCACCAUCGGCGUCGAUUUCAAAAUGAAGACCUUAGAGAUAGACGGCAUUAAAGUACGAAUACAGAUAUGGGACACAGCAGGUCAGGAGAGAUAUCAGACAAUUACGAAGCAGUACUACAGACGAGCACAGGGCAUCUUUCUGGUGUAUGACAUCACAAGUGAACGUUCAUUUCAGCACAUCAUGAAGUGGGCCAGCGAUGUAGAUGAGUAUGCCCCUGAGAAGGUCCAGAAGAUACUUGUUGGGAACAAGUCUGAUGAAGAACAGAAGAGACAAGUAGCUACAGAGCAGGGAAAUAAGCUUGCCAAGGCUUAUGGGAUGGACUUUUUUGAGACAAGUGCCUUUACCAACCACAACAUUACAGAGUCUUUUACCCGAUUGGCUGAAUUAGUCUUACAAGCCAAUAAGAAGGAUCUUGAUUUGUUGGGAAGCUCCAUGAAUGACGAGUUCAAUCUGGAUGUUCUGGAGGAGCAGGAAGGAUUGUGUAAUUCUAGCGAAAACACCCGUAAGUCCUGCUGGUGCUGAGGACAGGAAGUGACAUGACCACCCUUUAAGUUCAUUCCCAUAUUUAUGUUACACUGUACAUCGAAUAUCAUUUUACAUUAGAGAAAGUUAUUAUUAAACAGUGUUUUGUGCCUUUAAUGGCUUAUUUCCUGUUCAUUUCUUAUUAAUUGUAAUUUAUUUUAUAAAUGGAAAAUGGAAUACUUCUUUUAAAUCAGGAAGUAAUUUCAAACAUUUUUCAGUUAGAAAAAGGGGGCACUGCAAUGCAAAUGUACAUGUUUAGAUAUACUAAAAUAUCAUUUACAGUAUAUUCAUCCCACCAGUAGAGACAGUCCUAUGUUUAUUUGCCAGAUAUAGAGCAUAUAACAUGUAUUAUUCCUUCUUGUGUUAUGUUAUGGGGCUUAAUGUAACUAUAUAAGAUUUCACUGGCUUUCUAUAUACAUUUCUGAAUAUUGGGUUUGAUAUGAAUGCACUUACAUGACCUUCAUAGAAUGAUCUUUUAAGGGAAUAAUAAAUCUAUUCUUGGGUGAAGAAUUGAUGAAGCUACACUUUUCACCUCACUGUAACAGAAGGGAAUGCUUCUUUUCUGUAAAUGCACUGUAUAAAUGUCACUUAUGCUGCUUACCAGUUCUGGUGCACUGUGAUUGUAAAUGAAUGCAAGGGGUUUUAUCGAAUUAUUUUCAAGGUCAUUACAGAAAAUUGUUUACAGAUAUACAAAAAUUGUAUCAUUUAAUCUACCAAUAGUACACAAACCUCUCUCUUUUUUCCUCAAUACCCCACACACUGUUUAGUGGAUGCAAGUUGGAAUUAUUUUUUCAACUUGAUGCUAUAAAGGAUCCUGGAAAUGUUGCAGUUUAGCAUUAAUUAUAGUAACACACACUUAUCACUAAGAAUAAGAUUUAUACCCUACUUUGAUCAGCAUUCUUUCCCAUCCCAAAUUAAUUUACAUUUAUGCAGAUUGAACUGUUGUGAUUCCUAGUAUUGACCGUUAAUACGAGGCCAGUGUGCAUUAAUGCAAUGAUAUUUGGGUUGUGUUGCAAAUCAUUCAGUGUUUAUUAUACUAUUGCAGCGUUUAUACAUGUGGUGGUAUUGUACUAUGUUGAUUUGAAUGAACUUUUGAAUAAUGCUGA